AUGGCAUCAGGCGCGCAGAAGGAACCUCGCAAGACAAGAAGAACAGCUAAUGCAUAUCUCCAAGAUCUUCAAAAGCGAGUAGAGCAGCAACAGCGCUCACCGUCAAAUAACAUCUUCGACAAUGCAGGACAAAUAGACACAGCAUUUACAUGCCGCUCACCUCCCACGGCCUCAGCACCACCUCCAUACCGCUCAUCAAUGGACGCAACAUCCGUCCACUCUCAUAAUUCUCACCCCUCAUAUUGUUCGCCACCAAUAUCAUCAUCUCAAGUUGGAGGAGAUAACUACUCUCCUGGAUUGAAGCGCACUAACGAUGCUGCUUUUGGAAACGAUGUCAAUGGUGAGUGCGGGGUUGAUAUCCGUCUUGCUUCUCCUUCGCUCACGGUAGGCUCCCAACAACAAUCUGACCCGUCCGUUCAAGAUGCAGCUACUUCGUCCUACUCGCAACAAACCGGCGAGUCGCCGUUGACUAUCUGGCCGAGCGCGUUUACAAUACCCUCCAAGAUUAUCAAGAACACUCGCAAGAAUAGGCGCACGUGGAUAUGGCUUGCGCCGUGGUCGACGUGGUCUUUCACUCUACGACUCAUGCUCAUGCUCGGCGAUAAGCUCCAACCAGGCGGUCUCAACAUACCACCGCAACUAAUCGAAGAAGACGUCUACAAGCUGUCCUGGCAACAACUAGACAGAGCCGACGUAUCAGGCCUACCCUCCCUCGAUUACGCAAUCUAUCUCUUCCACACCUUCAAAUUCCACCUAGGCCAGACCUACCGCCUCUUCGACGAGGUAGAAUUCGUGAAUCAGAUCCGUGAUUUCUAUUCUGACGCGCAGAGCAAGGCAGAGGAGAACCGCCUCUGGUAUGUCAAGUUUCUCUUGAUUCUAGCCUUUGGAACAGCAUUCCUAUCAUCCCAGCCUCUCCCAUCCAAGGAACCCCCCGGUGCAAAGUUCUUUGUGCGUGCGAUGGGUCUAAUGCCGGAUCAUACGGCGCUCUGGAAGGAUAGCUUAUUUGCGAUAGAGGUUUUGGCCAUGGUUGGCUUGUAUUUGUAUUCGAUUGAUGAGAGGGAGUCUGCUCACGUAUAUCUUGGUCAGGCUAUUCGAAUAGCUCAGUUGGAGGGUCUGCAUACGCAGUUACCUGACAAUGAGCUCGGUAGUGAGACAGUGACAUCUUGUCGUGAUUUAUGGUGGACGUUGUACAUCAUGGAUCGGCAUUUUUCGUCUUCUUUGGGACUUCCUAUGUCUGUGCAAGAUAGUGACAUUUCUACACCAGUCAACCCACCAAAUGUUGGGUCACAAGAUGAUAGCGCUCGCAGUCUUCAAGUGAAUCUGUCUCAUCUUCUGUCCGUGAUAUUAACCAAGAAAACACCACUUGAUCAGUUCCUCGAGCAAACCAAGGCAAUUCUUCACACACUUGCUCAUCACGCCCAAGAAAUCGAGAGGAUUAUCUCCUUGAAAUUCAAAAACUCAGUGGAUACCAUGCCUCGAGGAACAAAGUACAUAACACUUCUCUACCAUCAAUGCGUCAUCGUCGCCACAAGACCUCUCUUACUAUCGGUUCUAAAAGAGCGCCUUGACAUUCUUGGCCAACCAGGAGAUGAGAACUCAGAGGCAUUCCUCGGUCAAACAGCAGCCGUGAUCUCAACCGGUAUAAAAUCGGCUGUCAAAACACUUCAAAUCCUCACCAGCGAGUAUAGUCUUCUGGAGGUGUUUCUCCCUUACGACCUCGAGUUCACCUUCGGAGCCGCCCUCCAUCUAAUCAUGGCAACCGCCCUCUUCCCCGGUGUAGCAGACGACCAAGGCUGCCGGCUCCUAAUCCACCAACUCCUCGACAACAUGAUCGCCCGCGGCAACCACCUAGCAUCCGUUCGAAAGCAAGAGCUCGUGUAUCUCGAAGCUCAAUGCCAAGAGCUCGUGGCCCAAGUCCAGCAACAAGGACUUCAGACGUUAUCCCUCGCAGUAACAGACGAAGAUCUAGCGAGAAAGGCUGACGAGGAGCAACAACGACUUCUGGCGCAGGAGACGCUGGGGAUGGAGGUUCCGAUGAAUUGCGUACAGAAUCCUAUGACGAGUGAUAUGGAGUUUCUUGAUAAUAUUGGGAUUUCUUCGGAGGAGUUUUUGUCGAUUGUGCAUCAGAUAGGGGAUCCGGAUAUCAUGCCUGAGAAUAUGCUGACUUUGGAGUAA